AGUGGGAAUGUUGUAAUAGAGACAAAAUUCUUCGACGAUGACCUUCUUGUGUCGACGUCAAAAGUGCGCCUCUUCUACGUAUAGAAUGCACAACCGAGCCAGCGAGAGUUCCUAUAGGGGUAGGGAGGUGACGCAGUGCCAUUCUCUCGUCUGAGUAUUCCCAUGGAGUUUUGGACUCACCCCUCGGCUGCAUUUAUGGUGAUUUAUUUCAUCCCAUUGGCUUUGAAUCUUUAUCAUCCUUAUUUUGUUGUUUCGCAAUAUCGUCAUUACUGAUGAUAUAAUUAUUAACCUUGUUACUGUUUUUACUAUUUUCAUUCAUUAUUUUUUUGUCUUACCACACGUGUGAGAAAAUUGUUCAUCAUAUUUGGUGAAGGGGAACAAUUAUUAUUUUUUACAUCUCAAGAGAAAUAUGGAUAGAUAGAUUUUUUUUUUUUCAAAUUUAUGAGAAAGCACUGACAUUUAUUAUAAAAAGCAUUUAUUUUUUGUAUGUAGGAGUAUGAUAUACUAUCUUUGAAGUUUUUAAGAGAUACAAGGAAAGCUAUAUAUAUAUUCACUACAGAAAAAAUGUGUUUUCAGGAAGGCAAAAAAAACACAGUAAGGAAAGGCAGGAUAGAUGCAUUAUAAAAAAAAAGAAAAAAAGAAAAAAAAAAAAGCCAGGAAUGGUAGAGAUGGAUUUGUUAUAAAAAAAAAUGGAUACAGUCAUGAACAGCAGAGAUGGAUAUGUUCUGUAGAUGUGGAAAAAACGUGCAGUCAGAAAUGGCAGAGAUAGAU